UCCGUCAACAAGAAGAUGAAAACGGGAUCAAUAGAGGUUGCGGCAGAGAGUGUUCAGGUGUUGAAUGCUGUGAGGUCAAAGUUGCCAUUUUUAGUGACUACUGUAGAUGAUGCUAUGGAUUCUGUUAAGGAGGAGAUACGUCUAAGAUACCGGUGCCUUGAUCUACGCCGUCAACAAAUGCAUUCAAACAUGAUGUUGCGGCAUAAAGUUGUGAAAUUGAUUCGGAGACAUCUCGAGGAUGUACAUGGUUUUGUAGAGAUUGAGACUCCAAUACUUGCUAGAUCUACACCGGAAGGUGCCCGAGAUUAUUUAGUGCCCUCAAGAGUUCAGCCAGGAACAUUUUAUGCUUUGCCUCAAAGUCCACAACUGUUCAAGCAAAUGUUAAUGGUUUCUGGUUUUGAUAGGUACUAUCAAAUAGCAAGGUGCUUUCGGGAUGAAGAUCUAAGAGCUGAUAGACAACCUGAAUUCACACAGCUUGAUAUGGAGCUUGCUUUCACUCCUUUGGAGGAGAUGCUGAAGCUUAAUGAAGAUUUGAUUAGAAAGGUUUUUCUAGAGAUCAAAGGUGUACAUCUCCCAAACCCUUUUCCUAGGUUUACGUAUGCUGAAGCAAUGAGUCAAUACGGUUCAGACAGGCCAGAUAUUAGAUUUGAUCUUGAGUUAAAAGAUGUAUCUGAUAUAUUCUCAGAUUCCCCCUUCAGGGUUUUUGCCGAUACUUUGCAAAGUGGGGGAGUUCUCAAAGUUUUAUGCGUACCUUCAGGUGCUAAAAGCUAUUCAAACACGGCUCUAAAGAAGGGUGAUCUUUACAAUGAAGCAAUCAAAUCUGGAGCGAAGGGUUUGCCUUUCCUCAAGGUCUUGAAUGAUGGGGGAAUUGAGGGAAUUCCUGCGUUGGUAUCUACUAUGGAUCCAACAAAUACCGAGCAGUUUCUGAGUCGUUGCUCUGCCAGACCAGGUGAUCUUAUCUUGUUUGCAGUGGGUCAUCAUUCAUCAGUUAAUAAAACUCUAGAUCGACUACGGGUCUAUCUGGCACACGAG